AUGGCCGCCACAGCAUCGAACUACCAGUACCAGAACAAUGGCCAGCGCCAGCAUCUCUACAACCCACAGCGGUCCACGGCUUACAUUGUCAUCUUGACGCUCAUUGUCGGGGCACUACAGCUCGCAUGGUCAACGGAGUUCUCGGAGGCAACUCCGUUCUUGCUCUCGUUGGGCAUCUCGAAACGGGUUCUUUCGUUGGUGUGGCUUGCGGGCCCGCUCUCGGGCACAAUUGGCCAGCCCAUUGUCGGAAUGCUGAGCGACAAGUGCAUGCUUUCGUACGGCAAGCGGCGGGUAUUCAUUUUGAUCGGGUGCAUCUCCACUUCGGUGUCCUUGCUUGCAUUAUCGCACUCGUCGGAGUUGGUGGGCCUGUUCACGUCGCCAUUCGACUGGGACGACCGCACGACGGAGCUUGCAGUCAUCUGCUUUGCAUGUGUAGGCAUAUACGUCUUGGACUUCUCGAUCGCCAUCAUUCAGGCUUCCAGCCGUGCCCUCAUUGUCGACGUCGUCCCCACCGGCCAGCAGCAGAUAGCAAACGCCUGGGCGGCGAGGAUGAUCGGCAUCUUCAACUUGAUAGGCUUCUGGAUCGGCACGCUCAACCUCACUGAGCUCUUCCCCGUGCUCGGAGACAACCAGUUCAAGAUCUUGAGCACGUUGGUUUCUGUCCCACCGCAGGUGAAAACCGUUUGCUACGCCCAGCUUUUCGCAUGGAUUGGGUACUUCCCGCUACUCUUCUACACGACAUCGUACGUCGGGGAGCUGUAUCUUUAUGAGAAGGGAUACCCAAAUCCUGCUUUGAUUCCUCCGGAAUUGAAGCAGGACUUAUUGGACCAGAGCACCCGAGUAGGGACAUACGCCCUACUUUCGAAUUCAAUAGUCACAUUGGCGGUGGUGACGUUCUUGCCUAUGCUGCUAGAGAGAAUCGGUACGAGGAGUACCUUCAAUGAGAAGCUAAACUUGAGAACACUCUGGAUAUGCUCACACGUUGUGUUCAUCCUCUGCACCCUCUGCACCUUCUUCAUCUCAUCCUACAAGCAGGCGAUCGCUCUUUUUGCGUUUACUGGCAUCCCUUGGGGAGGUGCUGUGUGGAUACCCUUCACCUUGAUCAGCGAAGAAAUCAGCAGAAUCAAAGACAUCAUAGCCAUCCAAAUAUUUUACAGACAGCAAUCCGAAGGUUCGUCAAUCGCAGAGGAUGACGCUCCAGAAAUAAACAGUAGAAACAGCAUUUACUGCCAAAAAAUCUUAAUUGACUUUUAUGACAAUAUAGAGUACGAUUCAGGUAUCUUACUGGCUCUCCACAACGUCUUUGUCUCUGCGCCGCAAAUGCUUUCCUCUUUUGCAUCUUCUAUCUUGUUCAGCAUAUUUCACAAGGCUCACGAUGACAACUCCUACGAUUCUUCACUCGGUUGGGUGUUCCGGUUUGGAGGUGUUAUGGCUAUAGGCGCAUGGUAUAUUAGUCGCAAAGUGAAAACUAAGGAGGAACUAUACGAUAUGGAUAGACUGAUGGCGCUAUCGAUAGACUUUUAA